AUGGAGAGAUUAGACGACUUAUCUUUGAGACAUAUUUCACGAUUCCUCGACCCAGAAGACAUCAUCCGGGUAGGCAGAACAUGCAAGCGAAUGUAUUCAGCGAUGCCCCGAGUUGUGGAAUGGCGUGGGAAGGACUUUAAGGUGAAUGCUGGAUACUAUUGCCGGCCGGAAUUGUAUUUUGACGGCCCGGAGCUUUCUCAUACCGUCCAGAAACUGAAUUUGUCAGUCACUUGGCACGACCAAGGUUGGGGAAAUCGCAAGGGCGAGUUGUGGUUGAAUUUGAUGAGACGACCUAAAGACGGCGGUGGUGAACCAGCUCAGAUAGCCUCAUAUCGGCCGUUGUUUGGGAUUGCAGAGCACUUCACAAAAUCAUCUAAGACAGCGAUUCAACAUCAUCCUGUCGUUACCGAAGCAAGACCGGGAGAUUUCUACAGGUUUAUGAGACACGUUGGAGGAGGAGGAGGGCAUAGUCUGAAGGUGUGGAACUUCCGAGUGGUCGCCACACUGUAGAAUGACAAUAACCUUACCAAGAAACUUUUUUGUUUGUCAAGCUAAACUCGCUCGUGUAUUAAGUCGAGUAAGCAACAGAAUACACGGCAACUAAUUUUAAUCAUUUUGAAUACAAAUGUUCCUACGAUGUUCUCUUAAAUAAAAGCGUUUUGACUGAAGUAGCACACGUGGAGCUUAUUUUGUUGCGUGACAUCCUGCUCUCUUUGAGUGUCACGGAAACCGGUCCUUUCGAUAGGAGCCGUGAAACCAACAUCAGCCGAGGUUCCUGAACUUUUGGUCGUGAUCUAAGCUGCGUUUGUAAAUUUUAAACUAUUUUUUUAAUAUUUAUGUGUUUUCAAAAUUGUUUACGCACGAAAUUAACAUUUUUAGUGAGCCUUUGUUUUCUGGGGUCAGCUGAUCAACUUCAGUACAGAGAAAGCUUGUAACCUUUCAGUUUCGUCGGUCGGUGAGGUCUGUCUUAACUUCUGGUAAAAUUUACCUAUUAAGUUAUUGACUUGUCUUUUUAAUUGCUAUGGAAAGAUUAGACGACUUGGCCCUGAGACACAUAGCUGCAUUUCUCAACCCUGAAGACAUCGUAAACUUAGGUAGAACAUGCAAGAGAAUGCACUCAGUAAUGCCUCAAGUUGUUUUGUAUGACGAGGAAUGGCGAGGAGAAGACUUUGAGAUCGACGGCCCUCGAGGAGGUCAUUUCUGGCCUGAAUUGUACUUUGACGGACCGGCUCUUUCUAGUACUGUCAAGAAAUUGAGUUUGUCGGUUAUUUGGAACGACCAAGGCUGGGGAAAUCGAAAGGGUGAGUUAUUCUUGAAAUUGAUCAGACGAGAUGGCAGUGGUGAGAACAUUGUAGCCGAACAUCGGCGAUUGUUUGGCAUCGCAGAACACAUGGAAACACCGGCAAGUGUUGUGAUUGAAAACCACCAGGUGGUUAAACAAGCAAGACCUGGAGAUUUCUACAGGUUUAUGAGAAACGCUGGAGGAGGAGGGGGACACAGUCUGACAGUGAGGAACUUUCGAGCUGUUGCUUCACUUUGCAAGGUUAUCUGA